CGGUCCCUGAAGGCAGCCGACGUCACACAAAUGGCGGACGGUGUAAACAAGAGCUUCUCGGAGGCCGAGGUGACAAACACCAGAUUUUAAGAUGAACAACGCGGAGUGCGAGCGGCCGGACAGCCUGGAGGGCUGGGUGGCCGUCCGGAGCAACAUAUUCGAGGAGGCCGAGACCUUCAAACUGGGCUUCAUCGUCCAGUGGAGCGUCAUCGAGUCCAAGUUCGCCGUCACCUGCCACAACCGGACGCUACAGCGGCAGCGGCGGAGAGUCCCGGUGUCCGGGGACCAUGAGGUGAGCUGGGCCGGGCUCUUCUCCGUCAGCGACCUCCGACACAUCCACCAGCACUUCACCUGCGUGGCGGACGUCCUGGCCGCCUGCUUCCCGGACCUGGCCGACUUCGAGGAGGGCAACAUCUGGGACCUGCUCCUCUUCAGCAGCCGGAGGUCCGGAGCCGAGGAGGAGGAGGACGACGUCGGCCGGGACUUCGACAGCCCGUGUCGGAAGCUGGAGAAAUAUUUCAGCGCCGCCAUCGACAUCUGCGGCCGGAAGAUAGUCCUCGACACGCUGUUCACCCAGGACGAGAAGGACGUGGACGAGUACUUCGAAAACAUGCAGGAGUUCAAGAGGAAGACGAUGCAGGAGGAGAUGUCCCGGGUCAAAGGUCAGCUGAGACAGCUGCUGCAGAGUCACGGCAGCGCAGACCGAAUGGUUGCCCUGCUCGGCAUCUAUGACGAAGAGGACGCGGCCUACCAGGACCUGGUCACUGUGGCCACCACCUUCUUCCAUUACCUGCUGCAGCCUUUCAGGGACAUGAGAGAGCUGGCCUGCCUCUACAAGAUGGAGAUCCUGAAGUCUUUGGAGUUUGAGGACUUGGGUCCUAAGAGAAUUGCAGCUCUGGAGACGGAGGCGGAGGAGUGGAGGACGAAAGCAGAAGACGCCGUUGCCUCGAUCCAGGACAUCACUGUCACCUACUUUGCACAGACUUCAAAGGCGCUGGCUGGGAUGUUAAAGCAGAUGCAGGAGGACAAGUCUCGUUUUGGAGCUGCUGCCUGGGCGUCCGCGGUUCCCCGACUGGAGAAGCUACGCUUCCUCUUCGCCAAAGAAACGCUGCAGCAUAUGAGAGCCGCAGAGAUGUGCCUCAACCGCAAAAAAGACGGCAUCAGAGAAAGGCUGAGCAGCCUGUCCGGCAGAGAGCACACAGCUGAUUCCAGGUCUGCGUCUGACGAUGGCCAGCAGCCGGACAGCGUGGACCAGCUGGAGCUGCAGUUCUACGAAACUCAACUAGAACUGUAUGACACCAAGUUUGAGAUCCUGAAGAAUGAGGAGCAGCUGCUGAUGGCUCAGAUAGACACAGUGCGACGGCAGAUCAAAGAGCUGAAGGAGGAGGUGGUUUACUACGACGUGUGUGAGGAUCCGGAGGAGCUGCACAGCUUGUUCCACACGGGGAUCCACCAAUCAGACUCUCCGGCUGCCACUCACCUCAAAAGACGCCUACAGACCCUGGAGGCCAAGAGAGGCAACAUCUGCGCCCGGCGAGCUUAUCUCCGCAACAAGAAGGAUCAGUGCAUGGAUGCUCAAGGGCAGAAGCAUCAUGCGGCCAAGCAGAGCUCCACAGUCUUCAACCAGCAUCAUCAUGUCCAUCUGAAACGAGAGCAGAAGAAAGAGGAGGACGAUAGGAGGAAGACGUGGGUGGACCAGGAGCGAGAGAAGACUCUGAGCAGAUUACGAUCCUUCAGACAGAAGCGACAUGGCCAGUACAUCCUGAAAACUCCUCACUCCAGGAUGUCUCCUUCAGACCUUGUCCCGUGUCCCUCCCAGCCGCUGUCCAUCAUCAGCCUCGGCCCCUCAUCCGAGCUUCCCUCCCUCUCUGUCCGUCCUGAGCCCAGACGCAGUAGAGCCUCCAAGAAAAGGCAGCCGAAAGACGUCCCCGUCCAAAUCUACUGUGCUCCGCCGCCUCCAUCAACAAAUAUCCCUACUGCGCCUCCGCCCCCGCCACCUCCUCCACCACCACCUCCCCCACCACUGCCCCCUGCCUUCCCUCCUCCUCCAGCCCAGGCUUCCCCUGAGGACACACCGAAGCCUCUCAGCGAAAACGAGGAGCCCCCUUUCCCAGCAAAGAACAUGCUCAAGCAAAAUAUAGGAACAAUGGAUGAAGUGUUGGCCUCACUGCAGCGUGGACAGAUUCGGCUUCGAAAAGUCCCUGAUCGCAGGACAGCGCCCUCUGCUGAUGACCCAAGGAACAGUCUGAUGUUGGCCAUCCGACACGGCGUCACCCUGAAGAAGGUGGAUCCUGCUCGUGCAGAGGUCCCGAACAGCGGAGACAAUGAGCUGGAGCGCAGCAUCAAAGCCGCCAUGAUGAGGAUGAAGAAUGUAGCAGCCGACUCCGAUGAGGACGACAGAGAAGAGGACACACAGAGUAUAGAAUGGGACAGCUGAGAACACACACACACACACACACACACACACACACACACACACACACACACACACACACACACACACACACACACACACACACACACACACACAAAGACACACACACUGGCCCUGUUCAGACCUGGUAUUAAAAUCCGUCCUCAGAGAUCUGAUCACAAGUGGACGUUCUGUUGGUCUGUUCACACCUGAGAUUAAAACACCUCCUGUGAUCACUUCCCCGCUCUAUAUGCAAAUAAUCAUAUCCAUCAUUUCUGCUUACGAUUAACGAUGUUCUUACUGAGUGAGUUUACAGAUUUGUCCAAUGAAGUUUGUGCAAGAAAUAGACGGAGGUAGAGAGAGAGAGAGAGAGAGACAAGAGGGAGGGGCUAAAUUAAUGAAUGUGCAGCUCUGCUGUGAAGAAAGAUUUGAAUCAAUAAUUAAGUGGUGGUCAGUGUUGAUUUUGUGGUGCGUCAUCACUGAGAAGUGUGAAAAUAAGUUUGAUUUGUUGUGAGACUGUUGCAGGUCAGAGGACGUGAUCUGAGUAGUUGGUCCUUCAUAUGUGACCGAGGAUGAAUUUACAUUCACACAGUGAAAAGAAUGUGACCCCACGCUUCACCAUCUCUGAAUGUCUGAGUGAACACGUUCAGAUCUGAACUUCAAGCUGACCACUAGUGAUCAGAUCACACAGGAUGUUAAUAUCAGGUCUGAACUGAUGAAGCUCUUCUCUCACAUUGUUCUGAUUCUGUUCAUCCAUCUUGUGUCGCGGCCAAAUUUUCAUCUUUAUGAAAACCUCCUGAAUUAUAUUAUUAUUAUUUAUGCUUCUGGAUAAAGGGGGCGUCGCUUCUUCUGCAACAAUGAAGUUAAAACACUGCGCUGCGUCAUAAUCUGUGGGAAGAACUUCUCCUGUCUGCAGGAGUGUGUGUGUGUGUGUCUCUCGUCGUCCCUGUGGCGCGUCACACAAACUGGCGAACACAUUUAUUUAGUUAUUAAUCGAUGAUGUCAGAUCAUGAAUCCGGAUCGUUCCGGUCACUUUAACCCUGAUGUCGGCCGCGUGCGUCACGUCACGUCUCGUGUUGUGUGUGAACUAAAAGUUGGACUUUUCUUUCAACUUUCUUUUUAAUUCUUCUGGCCUGAACACAGUUGUCUGUUGACGUUUUUUUUUGCAUUUGUCUUUUUAAAAUCGCUCUGAGAUGUUAAAAUACAUCUAAAACUGCUUAAACCGGAAGCCAAUCAGAAUUUAAUCUCCCAUAAAGCAGUUGGGUUUGCAGAAAUCUCAAACUGUGCGAAUGAGGUGUUGCGCUUCAACGCUCAUUAAGGAGAAAAACCAAGCAGCGGUGCGGUGUGUGAAAUGAUUGUGUGUCUCCCGGCGCAGUGUGUGAAGGCCUUUUGUGAGACUGUCGCACAGCAGGGGAGGUCUGUGCUGCAGGCAGAGAUAAACACACGAUCACCCUCGACUCCACUAUCACAAAAACUCAGUCGUUUCUCCUCGCUGAGUCUAAACUCGUUAUUUUGAAUGUAAUUAAAUCCGAACAAUUGUUUUGUUGAUUUAAACUUUACCACAACAAGGGCUACGUCUGACUGGGUUUGUAUUUUUUUCUUUGCAUUUUAUGACUAAACAAUAGAAGAGUAAUGUUGUGAAGUGCAGCAGUGAUAAUUAUUUACAGCCCAAAUGUCUAAAAGUCUGUUAUUGUUUGUACUUGAGUCUGUUUGAUGCACUUAUCCCCGUUGUUCUUUUUGUGUAAGAAACGUAUGAAUGUUUUCAGUUUUAUUUCAUUGCAAUUUGUACAUGAUCUGUUAUUUCUUCCUCUCUGAUGCCAUAACAGAUUGAGAAAUGAUGCGUAACCAUAUUUUUAGUAACAGAUACGUCCUUGUGAUGAUGGAAUUACUUUUAAAACAACAUGCUGACGGGUUGUUGUUGACAACCAUAAUGACUUUGAACCUGUAACUUACCCGACCAGGUUCUACUGUAUCACCACAGACUGUAAAUAAAGAUGGACGACGUGACCGCUCCUCAAAGGUGAAGCCAAAAAGUCUCAAUCGCCCCCUGGUGGCUGGCUGCAGUACACGUCAAAUCAUUUCUUUACGGUUUCUGUCAUUUACUGUAGUUCUUAUCACACUGUUUGUUCAAGUGUUUGUUUUUCUGCUAAGUUUGGUUUUAAUUACAGGAUGAAAUGUUAUGAUUGACAGGUGUGAUUGACGAUCACAUGUAUCUGCAGGCUCCAAAUGUGGAAGAUGUCAGUGUUUGUAUUUUAGCUUCAUUUCCUGAUAGUGAGAGGAAGUGGAGACACGUCGUCCAUCUUUAAAAACCUCUUUCUGUAUCAUGCACAAGAUACAACACUGAACAGUAACCAGCGUUAAAUAGGUGGCAGAGGAAAUGACAAUAAUUGCUGCACUUUGAUUUGAAACUUGUGAUUCUGCAAAGACAUGAAACUUCCUCCGGCGUGUCGCAGACCGACUUCGGGUGAAUGACGGCUGAGGCUGAAACCCACUUCUUCUGCUGUGUUUAAAUAAUAAACCAAGACACGAAAGAUCA